AUGGCGCCGAAGAAGAGCACGAAGACGACCGACAGCAUCAAUGCCAAACUUGCCUUGACGAUUAAGUCCGGCAAGGUCACACUUGGCUACAAGUCCACCCUCAAGACGCUGCGCUCCGGCAAGGCUAAGCUUGUCAUCAUCGCUGGCAAUACGCCCCCUCUUCGAAAGUCUGAGCUCGAGUACUACAGCAUGCUCGCCAAGUGCGCCGUCCACCACUUCUCCGGAAACAACAUUGAGCUCGGUACCGCGUGCGGUAAGCUCUUCAUGUGCUCGACUAUGGCCAUCUUGGACGCUGGUGACAGUGACAUCCUGAGCACGAACGUGUCAUAAGCGGCGCAAUGUCAUGUGGAGGCAGGUCUGCAAUCAUAGCAUGGUGUUGAGGCGCAAUGGUGUCGCAGUGAGA